ACGUUACGUUUCCCCCACCAAAUCUGUAACUCUUUCUCUGAUUUUAUUAUUACCUGUUAUUUUCUUCGCUUCGAUUUGCUUGGAUUUUAAUUUCAUUAUUAUUGUUAUUUUCUUUGCUUCGAUUCAUUUUUAUUAUUUUUUGUUGUUGUUAUCAAAAAUCCUCCUUAGCCAAUUGAGAAAAACAGAUUGUUUCAAUCAAAAAGAUCCAUUUUUGGUGUGUAUAUAUAUAAUAUAUAUUAUGCCAUCAGGUCCCAAAAAAAGAAAAGCUGCAAGAAGAAAGAAAUUAUUGGAAGAAAAUAAUAAUAACAAUAAAAAUAAUAAUAAUGUUUCCCAAUUAUCUACCUCUGAUAGUGCUGUUAAUUCUCAGUAUCAUGGUAAGGAGGAUUUGAAACAUGGUGGUCAUAAAGAGAUCGAUGUCGGGGAGGUUGGUUCCGCAGCUUCUCAAGAUCACCAGUUCAAUGGUAGAGAGGGAACCGGGAAGAAGCAAUUGGAAAUUUCACAUAGCGAGUCAUCCGUUGACAAGAGCAAAUCAAACGCGUUGAAAAAAGGAAGUAAUGAAGCGAAGAAAGUAGCAAUAGAAGGGGGAGAUACCGUUGAGGGUGAAUCUAUGAGCCAUAACAGUAACGUUGAGCGUGUUGAACCAUUGAGAUUACCUCAUGAAGGAGGCUGCUUACGAAGGAGGUCAAGUAGCAACAGCAAACCUGCUAUGUCGGAGGACACAAUUCAGGUGGCAACGAGCGCUUCAGAUAUUGAUAUUGUCGCUUUACAUUCCAUUGGAUCAUCGGAGAAGGAAAACGAGAAGAGAGAAUUGGACAUUAUGGAUGAGAAAACAAGGGAUAAUAAAGCUGUAGCAACUUCAGAUACGAAGAUCUCCGUGGCUCUAAAAGAUGACGACAAGCUAGAUCUUUCAUAUGAUGCGCCUGCAGUUGAUGUCAGUGUUCACGCAGAUGACAUUAACAGUUUUCCCGGAGACAAGAACAAAUCAAAUUCAUUGAAAAAAGGAAGUAACGAAGCGAAUAAAGUAGCAAUAGAAAAGGAGGGAUCUAUGAGCCAUAACAGUAACAUUGAGCGUGUUGAACCAUCGAGGUUCCCUCAUGAAGGAGGCUUGCGAAGGAGGUCAAGUAGCAGCAGCAAACCUGCUAUGUCGGAGGACAUAGUUCAGGUGGCGACAAGCUCUUCAGAUAUCGAUACUGUGACCUUACAUUCGAUUGGAUCUUCAGAUAAGGAAAACGAGAAGAGAAUAUUGGAUGCUUUAGCAACUUCAAAUGCAAAACCCUUCGUGGCUGUAAAAGAUAAUGACAAACUAGAGCUUUCGUACAAUGCGCCUGCAGUUGAUGCUGGUGUUCAUGCAGACGACAUGAAAAGUUCUCCCCCUGACCAUCAGACACCAGUAGCUUUGGUUCCACGACCAGCACAAACAACUUCUUGGAAGAGUUGCUGUGGCUUGUUCGAGGUGUUUGCAGGAUCAAAUAAGUAAUAAAUUCAGAUGAGAUUCAUGUGAAGAUCGAGCGAACACAAGCAAGCAACUUCUUGGAUACUAUCAACGAAUAUUUACAAGUUUACGACAGCAUUCAUCUUCUUGAACAUAUGCAAAGCAGCUCGACAACCCCUCCGCUGUUUCUGGUACUGCUUUCCUGCAUUCACAAGCGCGCUUAUGCACGCGAUGUAUCCCAUUGGAAAACAACUUGUUUCUUAAGUUGCACAUAUAUAUUCAGUCUUUCUGUUGUAAGAAAAACGAAGCCAAGGAAGGCGAUAUUCGUGUAUACGAGUUUAACUUUAUAUAUAUAUAUACCGUCAAUAUAAGGAAUAAGGAAUACUUUUUUCGUGCAUGAUCGAGUAAUAACAAUGAGAUUCCUCGAUUUUCCAAAGUCAAUGUCAUUCAUUUCUCGAGUAAUAGAAA